GUAAAACUCGACGGCGAGUUGAUCGAAGGGAAGCGUCAUGACGUCGCGCAUUAUGGGUAAAAUCGUUGGCUGCUCAAAAUGGCCGUGCGACGAGCGACGUUCGAUUUCCGUUUUGCGGACUCGCGUCCGACGUCCGUUUCGUUCGAGCCUCCGCGAGACGGCCGAAUUCGUUCAAAUUCGCGCGAGAAAAAUCGCGCGACAAAUUUCGCCGAAUCUCGAUUCGCCUUUUAUCACGACAUUUAAUAUCGCGAGUAUCUCACUUAAAUUUCUUACGUGAGAUAUUUGCGUGAGUAAUUUUACGUUUCAUUUCACAGACGCUUUUCCGGUGUGUGCGCGCGCGCUCGCGAGCACGCACACGCACAUAUACCCCGUACACCGCUUUAAUCGCGCGAUGCGCGCGUCUUCUCGUUUUCCUUCUUCCAUCGGCUCUCGGCCAAUCCGACGUCGCGUCUCUGAGGCUCCGCGCUUCGGAUUGGCGUAGAGGGGCGAGGGCAGAGGGCAGCGAGAUGGCGCGCGCGUUGCAUGACGGGAGAGAGCCGCGGGGCGCGGAGUGGGGAGGGCGAGAAGAAGCAAGUCCGGAUCACAAAAUGGCGGUCUACCUCACGUACCCGUGACCAUAUAGCGCACGAUACUCUUAAUAGUUUCUCACGAUGUCGAGGCCCGCGGCGCGAAACGCGGUCUGAUCUGCGGGCACGUGUACGCGUGACAGUGUUACGAUUGGGGACAGGGGCGAGCUCGCGUGGUGCGCGUCGGUGAUAAACGAUCGGUGGGUCGUCGGUGCGACGCGUAGACGGGAGCCAUGCAGAAAACGUUAGAAUCUGAAUCCGGUAAGGAAUCCGGGUCGGAUUCUGAGAACGAGAGCAAAAGCGAUAGCUCCUCUUCCGGCAGCAACAGCGGCUCAGGAUCGGGAUCUGAAAGCGACUCUAGCUCCUCGAGCGGUUCCGGCUCCGGAUCAGGUUCCGACUCUGACAAGUCGGAGAAGUCGGAUGCACCUGCUGCACAAAGCGAUAGCUUCCAGAGCAAAGGCUCGAAUCACAGCACCGAAGCAAAGCUUAGAGUUAAACAUGAGUCUAGUCGCGAGUGGGACGAGAAUCCUGACAUAUACGGCAUCAGGAGGUCCGGGCGUUCCAGGAAGGAGCCUGACAGGCUCGCGACGAAUCGCGAGAGCGACAGUGAUGGUCGCAAAAAAUUUAAGAAGAAAGGGUAAGUGCGACAAAUCGUCGGGGGAGUGGAGGAUAUGUUGACCCGGCGGUAACCGGCGGUAACGAUCGAUGUAACUCAGCUGAACGGCUUAUCGCAGUCGCGAGAUCGCAAGAUAAUUUGUACGGAUAAUAUGCUAAUUGAGAGAUGAAAUAAGCUCGUAACUGUUAGUAGCUGACGUAGAAUAGUUCAUAUAUACAUAGUUAGCCCGUACGUUAUAAACUUUGAUCUUAUCAUUCGUAUUACACGAGAUAUUGUGUAACAAUACACCACUUCUGUGUGGCAACCGUAUUAGUCGCUACGUUGGUCUUUCUACGAGUGCUUCCGUUUAUGUAUACAUUGUAUACCACAGAGCACGAAUAAUGAAUUGAUAGAUUUUACAUAUUACAUUUUUGCUCAUUUCCACUUGCAUUAUUAUCAGCAUAUUUGUACAUAAAUUUAGAAAAUAAUAUAACGGUAUCUUAUCAAUGUUGGUCGUUAAAUAACGUCGCCUAAUUUUGAUGUAGUUAUCUGAUAUAUUACAAAUACGUGAGUCACUGAAUUUAUUGCGACGUUCAUGAUACACCUCUAUUUUUAACACCAAUCGCCACAACAACGAUUUGUUUUCACAUUUAAUGAAUAUAAGCAUUUCGUUAUCCACAUUAUUAUAAGAUAGCUACACUUGUGCAUACAUGUACUUUUGACUGCAUAAAUAUUUACAAAUGUUUACGUUUUACAUCUGUUUGCUUGUUCUAAUCGGAUUUCACUUUGAUUUUGCACAUAACCGCUUAUAUUUUCCAGUUUACAUCACAAUGCGUUUUUACAUUCCAUGUUAUUUAUAAUUUAUACCCCGAAUUUAUUA